AUGAAUAGUGUGGUGUCAAUUCCCAUAAAAGACGAUUACAGACUAAUUUGUUAUUGGUACAAGCCCGGACUAACGAUAUUUUGCUCAUACGCUAGAACUUUUUUGUUUAUGGAUGAUGAUUUUUAUUUGUCGGAGAUUAUAUUGGAGUACAUCGAAGCGAUUUGCGAUUUCUUGUUUAUCGAGGCGAUACUACUGAUGAGCCUUUGUCGGCGAGAUCAAUGGAAAAGGAUGCUUCAGAUAAUGCAUCGGGUGGAGGAAGAAAUUAGCGUCCACGGUUAUUCUGUAGUACAUUUGUAUGACAGUUACACGUUUCUGGACGACAUGAAUUUUCACAUGAGCUACAUUUUGUUCCGAAUAUCUAACUUCUACACCAUCUAUUAUAUGAUCUUGGUGACAUUAUUCGCGACGUAUUUCAAAAACCGGUACAAUUUCCUCAACAAAAUGUUGAAACAAUCAGCUAGCGAUGGCGAAACGCUAAUUUUGUGGAACAAAAACUUUGAUAAGUUCAUCAACCUCUACAAACUGCUUUAUAUGGCAGUUAAUGAAUUUAAUGUCGUGUUUGGUUGGUCACAAUUCUUCCUGACCAUACGCACACUGUUUGAAAUCUUAAAUGACAUAAACUAUGGUCUAUUAUCGACAAAAAUUGAAAUCAGCAUUGCUAUCACUUAUACUGCCUUCCCAGUUGGAUAUUUGAUCCCUAUGGUGUUAAUAUCAUUAUCCUGUGACAGAGCAGUCAAAAGCUGCAGAAAUAUACAUAAAACUAGUCAUAUUUUGUAUGGAUCGACCACUCACAUGGCUUUGAAAACCAAACUAUUGGAGGUUAUAAAUUUUACAGCAGGACUAAAUCCAGAAUUCAAUGCUAGUGGGUUCUGGAUUGUUAACCAGAAAUUGUUAUCUGCUUUUUUUGCUACUCUAAUAACUUAUUUAAUCAUUGUAAUUCAGUUUAACAAUUUACUAGGAUAA